AUGCAAGAAAAGCCAACAACGGUCGCCGCCUAUGCGGCCGGGGCCUCGCUCGCCGCCGUUGCUCUGUUCUACGUCUUUGGGCCGAACUACACAAUCGACGGAGAUGAGUCAAACGACAGCAAUCGUAAGAAGAGCAUCGUGGGUCUGUCCAACCUGGCCAAUGACUGCUUUAUCAAUUCGGUGCUGCAGGCGUUAGCCGGGUUGGGAGAUCUGCGAGUCUAUCUGAUCCACGAGCUGCACCGGCGCCAGCUGGACGGGCCGGAAAUAUACCAUACACUACCGAGCGAGGACGAACUUUCGCCAGCCCGGUCGGACAAAUUGCGGGAGUUGCAACAGGGGAUAACCACACGGGCAUUGAAGGAGAUGCUGGACCGGUUAAAUGAGCGGCCGAUCUACAAGAAAACAAUUUCAGCCCGUGAUUUCAUCCAGGCUCUAGAAUACGCGUUUCGUACGCGCAUCAGUCGCAAUCAGCAGGACGCGCAGGAAUUCCUACAGAUUGUUCUCGAGCGACUCUGCGAUGAGUACCAUGCUGGUGCGCGCGCACGUCAACGAGCAUUGGGUGCCAUUGGCGCGGCUGCGUCCAGCACAGCUGGCGAAGAGGGCAGCGCACAAGAAAGCUCAUCCGAGGUGGAGGUGCGCAUCGAUGAUGGAUCUGCCAAUGGACUGCCUGCCAUCAUCGACACGAAACUCAAGGAAAUCGACCAGGAGUCUGGAUUCCCGUUCGAGGGGAAAAUGGAAUCGCAGAUCGAGUGCCAGUUCUGCCAUUAUCAAUAUAAGCCAAACCAGACGGCUUUCGUCAACUUGACACUGCAGGUGCCGCAGAAGAGCUCGACCACACUCAACUCGUGCUUCGACGGCCUCCUCAAGACUGAAUAUAUCGAGGAUUUCCGUUGCGACCGAUGCCGCCUGCAGCAUGCUGUGGACGCGAAGACCACCGAGCUAGCCCGUGCCCGUUCACAAGGCGAUCGAGAUCGGUUGGAACAGGAGAUUACCCGCCUCCGCGAGGCUCUCGAGACGGACCCCGAGGCUGAUCUGGAAGGCAUCGUAUUCCCUGCGUCAGAGACCGCUCCCAAACGCAGGAUUGCUCGACAUAUGCGCAUCACAGCGUUCCCGAAGGUCAUCGCCAUCCACUUAUCGCGGUCAAUCUUUGAUCAAAGCAGCUCCAGCAAGAACGCUGCCAAGGUGUCGUUCCCAGAGCGGCUCCCCUUGGGAAGCAUCUUGAGCCAAAAAUGGUACAAGCUGCUUGGGAUUGUCUGCCAUAAAGGUAGCCACCACAGCGGACACUACGAGUCAUUCCGACGGAAUCAUAUCUACCCUCCAUUCUCGACCCCCGAGGUCUUCAGCUCCUAUGCACAGAGUCGCACUGCCAGUCAGAACCCCUCCGCGACAGCCAGUCCUCGAAUUAUACCACGUAGCAGCCCCGAUGCCGACGGCGGGGGGAACAUCUCGAGAGCAGGCUCGUCGACCUCGCUCUCUGGAGCUUCAGCGACUCAACUCUCCCCUCCUCAACCACCUCCUCAACCACGGCCUACAACCUCUGGAUCGCGUCAUUCUUUCCAAAGCACCACCUCCCGCUCUUCCAAACAGACGUUAUCCCCUACAUCUGGUAACAACAGCCCGACGACAGACCAGGGUCGCUGGAGUCCGUCCCGGCCCUCCCACAGCAUACCCCGCCCUUCCCAGGAUGCCCCCACUGGGGUCAGUUCGCGACUUCGGCGUCGUCGCAAACCGAACGAUCGGUGGUGGCGGAUUUCGGACGAGAAGAUCAAGGAAUGUAAGACCUCGGACGUGCUGGGCAUGCAAAGGGAGGUCUAUCUCUUGUUCUACGAGUUGGAGAAGGCCGAAGCGAGUGGAGGUUGA